AUGGGGAAAAAUAAAGGAGGGAAAAGUAAGCAGAAUCCCGUGUUCCGAGUUGCGGGUGGUAAAGCAGCCAAAGCUAAAGCUAAAUUCAAAGCUCAACCAGUUAAUACGAAUUUAAAGAAGCUGAAUGCGAACAUGCGAGAAAAGAUCGAGAACCUGGACAGUAGUUUGGGCAAAGUUCGAGAAAACCUAACAGCUCUUCCCAAAAAAAAGGAAAUCAUUGUUAACGAAGCCGUGCCACUUCCUCCUGCCGAUAUCAACAAAGCUAUUGACAGCAUUGCUAGCUUAUGA